AUGUUUCCUGAUGGAAAAAUGGUGGCUGUGAAGAUUAGAAGGUCAUCAACAGAAGCAUGGAAAGAUUAUAUUUAUCACUUGCUUUCAAUUUUGGGAUCAAAGAUUCCCACCAACAGCUUUUAUGGUCUCCAGUACUAUCCAGAGGGGAUGUUAUUCCGAAAAAACUCUACCCUUUUAGCCAGGUGGCAAAUUAGUCAUUCAGUUGGCUCAGAGUCUGCUUACAAACACAUGGACACAGAGUGGAGUUCCUUUUAUCCAUCAGCAGCUUCAGCUAGAAAAUAGGGUGAAAAUAAAGGAAAAGAAAAUGAAAAUUUUCAAAGAGAAGAAUGGUUUGGGCGUAUGAUGAGAUUUAGAAAUGAUGCAAUUAUUAUUUUGAGUAUUAUAUGCCUUCAACUUCCAUUUGAAUUAGCAUAUGCACAUUUGUGUGAAAGCAUCGGAUCUGCUGUGUUAAAGUUUGGGCAGAUGAUGGUCAUAGUGAUGAUUGGCGUUGUGUGCAGCCUUUAGGCGAAUCAAACAGUGAUGAUCUUACCAUUAAGGUGUAGGAUGUGGAUAUUAUAAGUUCGCCAUCUGGUGAUGGCAAUGCAUCUUGGUGGAUGGUGCUUUGUAUAACUUGCUCCUCAAGAAGGAAAAAGCUCAUGAUAUGGACAUAAAUUCGAUGCAAUGGAGCUCUACUAAGCUGGUGUUCGAUAACAACUACGAGACUUCAAAAAUGCUGAAGGCCAUGCAGGAAAUGGAAAACAAAUAUGACGAACUUAUCAACAAUCUGAAAAAAGAUAUCAAAAACCUCCCUGAAGACAAACAUCCGUACGUGUAAUAUGUUUGUUUGUUUUAUAAUCUUUUGAUAUGUUGCGUUCAACUACUUCCAUUCCUAAAUUUCUAUAUAAGACCUAUCCAAAAAUCUCCUGUAUGUUAAAUAUAUCUUCAUCAAUAUAAUGGUAUGUUGCAGUACAUACCUGAAAGAACAAAAAAAAAUAUGAAUCAGAGCCAACGGGCGCACAUGAUUCCCAUCUAGUUAUGUAUAAUAUGUUAAAAGUUAAAAAAACAUAACUUUAUAAGUAG